UGCGUACGCGUUCGACUUUUUAAAAGCAGCUGGAAUAUUCAGCCAGUGUUUUUUGAAGUGUUUUGAAUUAUUUAGUUUUUUUUUGUAAAUUGGGAUAAGGUUCGCUGUGCAGUGUUGGAAUUUUGUUCUCCCUUUUUAUGGCUUCAUAGUGAGAUACUCUCAAGAAAACGAUCUCCUCAAACAUUUGAGAAGAUGUAGUAUUUCGAGGAACUCUUCAAAAACCACAAAGUAAAUCAAUCAAACAAACAGAAACAAAUGGCGCAAUGAAAAAUUUCAUAAAGCCACAAAGCAGUUUAUAAAUCCUUUGAACAAACCUUUGAAUCCAUGAAGCCUUCUAAAGCCGAAGCGACGAUGUCGUCGAGCAAUGAGCUGAGCGACGCAGAGUCGCCGAAGCAAAUGAAGCCAGCUGUAAAAAGCAUAUUCUGCUGCACUGUCACUGCUGCUGCGGGAUUCAUUGCUGCUUACGCAUUGGUGGCGUACGCUAUAGCCUUAAUCUACGAGAUAGUAUGGGUUGUCGAAGCACAGGGUGGGCUGCCGAUGGCGUCAGCGCUGCUCAUGAUCUUGUACAGCAUAGUCAUAGCCGCCACUGUCACGUUACUACAUGGGCUCAUAUCGAAAAACAACCGAUGCCUGAUGGCGUGGUUGAUUACAGUGAUACUGGUGCUUAUACCGGAAUGCGCUCUAGUUUUCUACAUGUCUAUAUGUUAUUGGGGUCUUCAAGGUGUAUACGGCGGCGCUGAGUUAGCGUGCUACGUGGCGAGAUUGCCGGCAAUCGUGUGUGGCGUGGUGUUGGUGCAGUCGGCUUAUGCUAUACGUGAAGCCAGGAAAGCAGGGUACCCCAACGGCGUGGCCCCGAGUGGCAGUGAAUUCGAUGCGAGUCAUUAUGUUCCAGACGCUCCUAGCGCGUUCACUAAUGACGCGUUCUUAGCUGAUAAUGGAAAACCCGGCUCAAUGCCAGAUCUACGUCGCCACCUCGCCGCUCGCCAGUCCAUCAACCUGGGCUAUCCACCGAUGAUGUUGCCCCAACCGCCACCAGCAUACUGGCAACAGUUAGCCGAACGACAAUACGCCGCCAGCCUCAGAGGUUACCCAAAACCAUUCUCCGGCCCACAAAUGUACGGCACAUGGGUGGGACCAAGAUCGGGACCUUUUGACCACCACUCUUAUAAAAGAAGGCAUUCUGUCGUAGGCGCCUUUGAUGAAUACCCAGCGAAGAGCUACGAUCCUUAUGAAGACAGAAUGGACUGUAAAAGUGAAAUGGCCUUUCCAUACUACAGACAAUAUCAAUAUGACCCUAGAAUGUAUCCUCCUGAUUACGAUCCUAGAUGUUAUCCAGAUUAUAAAAGGGAAGAUGCAGCGUAUGGUGUUAAUUUAUUAAGACAUGAUCCCUACCAUUUUGAAUCCAGGGAAAGAGCGUUUUAUAGUUUAAGAAACAGUCAUACUUCUGUUGGUAAUGAGUCCGAUGAUUUGACGAAAUAUAAAGAUGUCGCUUUAUAAAACAUUUCUUUGUAACAAUAAAUGUGACGUAGGAAUCCAACUCGCCGUACACAUAUUAAAAAUUAAACGGUUGACCAUGACACUUGUGAACAGCCCGAAAUAAAUAUCCGCGACUUAGACCUGAAAAAAUACUUUGAUUUGCAAUGUUUAGCAAUCGCGAAUUAAAAAACCAGGUUAAGAACUAACAUCCAAAUCCAACGCAAGUUCAAAAAUACGUUGGCGAUACCUGACGUUAUAAUAAUAUAAUUGGAUGUGUUGGCGAGAGAUUGCGCCGUUCAUAAAAUCGUCAGCGGCGGCGUCUGAUAGUUUUUCACUGGCGGUGGCGGAAAUCGGCGUGGCAUAUAUUUUUUUACGACAUUAAGUGACAUAACAAACAAGUCGUGUGCCUGGUAGUGAGUGACACGCCUAUCCGUGAUAGCUGCAGUGCCACUCAGAG